AAUGUCUUCAAGCAACGUCUCAUAAUGGCGGGUAUCGUCGUAUGCUUCGGCUGCAUCAUAGCCAUGGGCGUGUUCGUCCAUUUCGCGGGCAGUACAAGGCAAGCCACUACGAACCUGCCCUGCAUUGGCCAGGAGUGCCAAGAGGUGGUCGAAUUUACCGAGAGCCUGAUGGAUCCCAACGUGAACCCGUGCUCCGACUUCUACCGACACGUGUGCGGUCGAUGGAUCAACAACACGAAGCGCCCGUCCUCCUUCAUGAUCGACGCGGCGAAUAACUUCUCGGAAACGCUCCACGAGGCUCUCAUCCGGGCCCCCGUCCACGGCGAGAACCGCGAGCUGAUUCAGAACGCCGCCAUCUUCUACAACUCCUGCCUCACAUAUCUCAAGACAGACGCCGACAUACAGGCUUCCACGGACGAACUUUUCAAGGCUUUGAACAUCUCGCUGUCGAAGUGGCUCACCGAGACUGACCCGAUGCAGUUCUUCCGCGAGAUCCUUCGUCUCUCGUUAGUGAACCGCUUUCACACGCUCUUGGCAUUCAGCGUUAUCGACGACAAAGCGAACGUGAGUUUGAAGGUUGAGAGGUGGCACCCGUUACACAAUUCCCUCACACCAGAACGCAACGAAAGUUUCCACGAGUACAUGAGCCGUCUUAUCAAAGCGAUAGGCAAAGACUACGCCACCGAUGCUGUCGUCGAAGAGGUUCUCAACCUGGACAGGAAUCGAGAGAACAUCACAGAGAAAGACGGCCAGCCGAAAACAAGGCUGCCAGAAGUCGAGUGCCAGACUUUUCCGGGGAAAACGUGGAUGGAAGUGCUCCAAAAAGACCUGUCUCUUCCGGAAAAUGUCUCGAUCAUUACAGUGAGCAUCAACACCAUAUGCAAAGAGCUCAACGACGUUCUGGUAAAGACAAAGUCAGCGGCGAGGGCUCUUUACAUCAUCGCCCUUGUCUCGAGGAGCGUCUUAGAACUGGAUUACAUGCUGUCCGAGAACCGCGAUGCCCUCGCCGUGAGAAAUGUAUGCUACCAAAUGAUGCAGCCGGCGUUCGAAGACACCUGGCUUCACCUCAUCAGCAGCCUGUUAUCGAUCACCAAGUGGAUCGAAGAAAUCGUCGACGCCUACAUGACUACCAUAGCGGAACAAAUUAAAAUCCGAGUGGCUAACUGGGCCUGGAUGGCCGAGGAAGACAGGCGGGCGACGCUGAAAAAAUUAGCCAAGAUUCACCUGGUGCGCUUCUACGGCGCCAGCAUGACAAAGCAGGCGGUGCAGUGCAGCAGCGGCAGGAAGGUCACCUCGGCGGGGUUUGUGUCGAAUGUGGUCAAUCUGUACGUCCGCGACAUCAAGAAAUGUCUCUUCCUGGCAGUGGAUAGAAGCGACGACCUGGGCCUUGAGAAGAUGUUGCUCGGAACCGACCUGAUUGUGAACCGUGCGAAAGUCGCGGUCGUGCUACCGCCCAUGUUCGCCGUGCCUCCCAUGUUCUAUCGACACGUCAAAGACGACAAGUUCAUCAACAUCGCCGUGCUCGGAAUUCAGCUGGCCCGCAAGGUCCUCUUCAUCAUCGUCGACCGAGGUGCGCGGACGGAGACGACGGCUGGCUGGAGCAACGGCACGUUGAAGAACUACGUGGCCUUCCAGGACUGCUACGCCCGCGAGUCAGCCAAGUUGCACGCAAAACUGAACGACCACCAAUUUGACCACGCGUUCAGCGUCAUGGAAUCGCUGCGCAUAGCGUACGCGGUCAAGCGCCAUUACGACCGCGACAUCGUCAGCAGGAACAAGCCCCGCUUGACCUCUUCGAACUUGAUGUUCUACAAACGGGCUUGCCUGACGAUGUGCACGGCACAAGGCGCGCCACGCGACGGAAACACGCUGGACUUUGAGACGGCCUACGCGUCUGGCCUGUUCGGGGCAGCCAAUGCGCCCAUGUUCCUCGACAUCUUCGGCUGUCAGGCGGGAGACGCCAUGGCGGCCAUCAACAGCUGUCACGUGAAUUAGCCCAGUGCAUGUCGAAAAGCCUCAUCGGAGAACUCUUCGAUUUAUGUUAUUGACAAUCUUUUUUGUUGUUGGCGUCAGUUCUGA